GAUUCCGUUAGUUACCCUUUUGAAUCAAUGCAGAAGAAUUUGGAUUGGGUUCAUUUUAUUGCAUAUGAUUAUGAUCUUCCUAAAGUGGAGAAUAUUACGGGUUUUCAUGCUGCUUUGUAUGGUUUAUCUGGUUGGGAUAAUACUGAUUCAGGUAUCAAAGAGUGGAGAAAAAGAGGGUUUUCUUCUAACAAACUUGUUAUUGGUUUGCCUUAUCAUGGAUAUGCAUGGACACUUGCGAAACGAGGUGAAGGUGGUGCUGGAAAACUAGCAUCUGGUCCUGCUGUUACAGUUGAGGGUGCAAUGGGUUAUAAGUUUAUAAAAAUUUAUAUUAGAAGCUUUGGUGAUGGAGUAGUUUCAUGUUAUAAUGAUACUUUUGUGGUGAAUUAUUUCACAGCUACUUCCACUUAUUGGAUUAAUUUUGAUGAUGUGGAAGCUAUUAAAGAAAAAGUUUCUUAUGCAAAGAAAAAUGGAUUACUUGGUUACAAUGUUUUCCAAGUUGGGAAUGAUUACAAUUGGGUCCUUUCCAAGGCAGCUCAUGAAGUAUAUGAAGAUCAUGAUAACAAAAGGUUGCUGAUAAUUGUUCUGGUUACUACUCUGACUACUGCAUUUCUCUUAGGAGUAAUAGUAUUUUGCUACUACCACCAAGGUAAGAGUAUAAUAAACUUUCACCUUAGACCUCACACUGUUUUGGCUGGAACAGUGACCACUAUUACCAGAAUGAUAUACAAACUGAGGAUAUAUUUAUCAGCAGCUGAAGAAGAUCUUGAUGAAAAUUGUUCUGAUUUAAUAGUAUUUAGUUAUCUCGCAAUUAAAGUAGCAACAGAUAACUUCUCAGAAGAAAAUAAGCUAGGAGAGGGGGGAUUUGGUGCAGUGUACAAGGGAAAAUUAAGGAAGGGACAGGAAAUAACUGUCAAAAGACUAUCAGAAACCUCAAAUCAAGGACUCGAUGAGUUCAAAAAUGAGAUCGCGCUUACAGCAAGACUACAACAUGUGAAUUUAGUUAGACUUUUGGGUUACUGCACAAAAAAGAAUGAGAAGCUUCUCAUCUAUGAAUAUCUCCCAAACAAAAGCUUAGAUCAUUUUCUCCUAGAUCCAAGCAAAUCAAUUCUUCUAGAUUGGAAGAAGCGUGUGAAUAUCAUCGAAGGGAUGACUCAAGGCCUUCUUUAUCUCCAAGAGUACUCAAAUUUCAUUAUAAUCCACCGCGAUCUUAAAGCUAGUAAUGUUUUAUUAGACCAUGAGAUGAAUCCUAAGAUAUCAGAUUUUGGUAUGGCUAAAAUUUUCGGGAAAUAUGAACUUGAAGCUAACACAAGCAGAAUCGUGGGAACAUAGUAAGUAAA